AUGAGUACCGAUCUGAAGGCGUUGUUGGAAGCGCAGAACGACAUCCACGGGCGAAUGUCUCGCUCCGUGGACAAUCUGCGCAAGAUGGGCGUCUCGAGCAUCACCGCCGAAGCAAUCCAAGCUCGCCUCCGCAUUCUUGAGACUUUGUGGACCCGAUUCGAGACCCAUCAUGAUCUCAUCGUAGCGGCGCUGAAAGAUAAAUAUCUUGAGAGUGAGUACGCCAAAGCUGAUUUUAUUGAUAUCGCGGAAACCACUUACGUGACGCAAAGAAGCAUGCUGGUGGACUACGCAAAUAAGCUCAAGGGUGAAUCGUUCACCGCACCCAAGACCGAGACUCACCAAGAGCAGACGCUCAAAACUUCGCUGCCGCGAAUUAAACUCCAGGCGUUCUCGGGCACAUACGGAGAUUGGCCCGCGUUCCGCGACAUUUUCCAGUCAAUCAUCGGGAGCAACUCGUCCAUCUCCAACGUGGAAAAGCUUCAUUAUCUCCGUACGAGCUUGCAGGGUCCUGCGGAAAAAUUAAUUAGAUCGUUGCCAAUUGUCGGGGGCAACUACGAGCGAGCGUGGUCCAUUUUGAGUUCUCAUUACGAGAACAAGCGGGAGCUCAUUCGCGCCAACUUCGCCGCGUACACCGCCGUGCCAAAAAUGAAGGCCGCGACCGCUGACGAACUCAGCAGAAUCUACAACGCCGCCACAACCGCCAUCAAUGCACAGGAGAGCAUUGACAGGCCGAUAGACACACAUGGUAUGGAUCUGUUUAAUUACCUCCUUGUGGAGAGGUUCGACCCGCAAACCAGGAUGCAGUGGGAGUCUUCCAUCCGCGAUUCCGUCGACCCACCGACCAAUGAAAUCCUUAUGGAUUUCAUCGCGAAACAAGUCCUCACACUCAAUGCCGUGCAGCCAGCUACCGUCGCAAAGUCUGGAGAGGCUUCUCGGUCCGCGAAGUCGCACUUCGUGAAGCGCGCGUCCGACUCCUCUACUUGCGCCGUCUGCAAGGAAAAACAUUCAGUUAUGCAGUGCGCGACGUUUAAAGCAAAGACCGCGCCAGAACGAAAGAACCUUGUAGCAGCGAACAAGCUUUGCUUUAAUUGCCUCGGGAAUCACUUCCUGGCAAAAUGCCAGUCGGUCAAGACGUGCUUCUCCUGUAAAGCACGGCAUCACACACUACUACACGACGCGUACGUCCAGUCCGACGGAGCGAAUUCGUUGUCCGCCACACCCGUCGCGUCGGACCGCAAGGCGAUCCUCCUCGCUACCGCUCGGGUCGCUAUCAAGGACCACCUGGGAAGACCGCACGACGUCCGAGCGCUGAUCGACCAAGGAUCCGAGGUCUCUCUGGUCGCUGAGACUUUGGCCCAGCGGUUGCGUCUGCCGCGGAACCGCUCGUCUAUGAGAAUUGCCGGCAUUGGAGGAGCAUCCGGAGCAACCCGCGGACGGCUGUCGAUGACGCUUUCCUCGGCGAUCACUGGAGCAGCGCUCUCGGUUCAGGCGUAUAUCCUUCCGCGUCUCUCGACAUACCAGGGGCCCGUCGUGCGAUCCAGCCUCACCUGGCCUCACAUACGCGGUCUCCCCCUGGCCGACCCACAAUAUCUGGAUCGAGAUCCGAUCGAGAUUCUGCUCGGCGCAGAUGCCUACUCCGCCAUCCUCCAGGAAGGACUCCGCAAGGGAAGCCAGAAUGAGCCCAUCGCUCAGAAGACCUCUCUCGGGUGGAUCCUAUCGGGCGGUCACCGAGUCACCACCCAGGGAGGCCACGCCGCACAUCAAUGUACGGUAGACCGCCAGCUGACCGACCUGGUGCAGCUUUUCUGGGAGCAGGAAAAGGAGCCCGCUACUCCCGUCGCUCUCACCCCUGAAGAAAGGAGAUGCGAGGACAUCUUCGUCCGCGAGCACACACGCACCGACGCGGGCCGCUACGUCGUGAGGCUCCCCUUCUCCGGCGCUCCGCCUUCGCUCCUGGAAACCCGCCGGCCGGCCGAACGCCUGCUCCACGCCAUGGAGCGUCGCUGCGACAAGGACGCUCGAUUCAGCGGCCUCUACCACGACUUCAUGCAGGAAUACGACGACCUGCAACAUAUGGAGACGGUAAACACUUCAUCCGAGGAAACGGACACGGCAAAGUGCUACUUACCGCAUCACGGAGUGUUGCGUGAAACGAGCACCACCACCAAACUCAGGGUCGUAUUCAACGGCUCCCAGCUCACAACCACCGGCACGUCGCUUAACGCCAAUCUACUGACUGGCGCCAAUCUCUUGCCAGCUCUUGCUGACGUGCUUCUACGCUGGCGCUGGCACCGCUACGUGUUUGUGGCGGACAUUGAGAAAAUGUACCGCCAAAUCCUCAUCCACCCGGACGACCGCGAGCAUCAGCGUAUACUUUGGCGGCACCGUGCCGCCGACGACAUCCGCGAGUACCGCCUACGAACGGUCACGUAUGGCUUGGCGUGCGCACCAUUCCUCGCCAUACGGACCCUGCACCAGCUCGCCGACGACGAAGGCCAUCGAUUUCCGCAAGGAGCUGUCGCGCUGCGCCGCGAUACCUACGUGGACGACGUCGUGACUGGCGCGAGCACCCUCUCGGAGGCCACCGUGGUCCAACGGGAGCUCCGCAGCCUCUGCAUGGCGGGCGGGUUUCCGCUUCGAAAAUGGGCCGCCAACAGCCUCAGCGUCCUGGACGGAGUUCCACUCGAGCACCGGCUCACCCGUGCACCUCACUCGUGA